UCCGUCGUUUCCGUCGUUUUCGUCGUCUCCGUCGUCUCACUUGACCUGCCCGACGCGCCAGGCCGCUGCGUCAGUCGUCCACCGACCGGCGCCACGGCUCUGGCAGCCGCCGACCCGACGAGACUGAGCGAAAAGGCGACCAGGCCCGGGCAACAGCGCUCCGUCGUUCGCAACCAGUCGGGCUCGCGCAAUCGAGCCGGCAGCGGCGGCAGGGUGCAGGACUCGAGCACCAGAGUGCUCUCCUCCUCCAUCGACACGGACGCCACUUCGGCCGGCUCCAAAAGAGUCCCGUUGACGCUGUCCGCCGUGUCCGAGGCUGAGGCUUGUCCCAACAGAUCAUCGCGCCACUCGACAGUCUGGCAACGGGCAAAAGAGACGCAGGCAAUCGGGUCAAGACAUGACAGACCUUCUGCCUCCCCCCCAGCCAGAACCCUACCUUCUAGUGUGGGCUUCGCUAUUUGCCAAAGGAGAUCACGUUGA